AGGACGUGGUGGAGAAAGAGGACGUGGUGAAGGAGGAGGACGUGGUGGAGAAAGAGGACAUGGUGAAAGAGGAGGACGUGGUGGAAGAGGAGGAGGAGGUGGUGAAGGAGGUGGAGGUGGAGAACGACGGCGACAAGGAAGGGGAAGAGCAAGGGCACGAAGACAGUCAGUCUCAGAUGAAAUUCGAGCCACUUUAGUUGACCAUGUCCUUGUCCAUGGGAUGACUAUGAGGGAGGCUGGGCAACGAGUACAACCAAAUUUCAGUCGCUUCACUGUUGCCUCCAUCAUCAGAACCUUCAGGGAGGAAAACAGGACACAGAGACGACCACCUGGUGGAGGCAGGUUAAGGCUUUUGUCGGAGGAGCAAGAGAGGGAACUUGUAAACAUGGUAAUUGCAAAUAAUGUAAUCCGCCUGCAAGAGAUUCAAAGGAGAGUGAUUGAGGAUGAUCAUCUUUUUCGAGGCAUAAAUGCCAUCAGCCUCUCCACAAUUGACCGCAUCCUCCGAAAGAAUCAAUUCCGGAUGAAACAGGCAUACCGAGUCCCUUUCGAACGAAACUCUGACAGAGUGAAAAACCAACGUGUGGAAUAUGUUCAGAGAAUCUUUGAGAUUGAAGGACGGCCUGUUCCCCAUGAAAUGAUCUUUGUGGAUGAGGCAGGUUUUAACCUGACCAAAAGAAGGAAAAGGGGGAGGAACAUAAUUGGCCAUCGGGCUAUUGUAAAUGUCCCUGGUCAGCGUGGGGGGAAUGUCACUAUGUGCGCAGCCAUCAGCCAACGAGGGGUACUCCACCGCCAUGCCGUACUAGGACCCUAUAACACUAUGCUUCUCCUUGCUUUUCUUGAUGGUUUAAGACAACAUAUGUUCCAGCUGGACUACAGGGAACCAGCACAGCCAGAGCAGCCUCACUACGUUGUUGUGUGGGAUAACGUCAGCUUCCAUCGCGCUGCUCUGGUUCGUGACUGGUUUACCAAUAACCCAAGGUUUUCUAAUAUCUUUCUGCCUGCAUACUCCCCCUUUCUAAACCCGAUAGAGGAGUUAUUUUCGGCAUGGCGGUGGAAAGUGUAUGACCGAGAACCUUAUGUCCGUGUUCACCUCCUUCAGGCCAUGGAAGAGGCCUGCCUAGACAUAUCAGUAGAUGCAUGCCAGGGGUGGAUCAGGCAUGCAAGAGGAUUUUACCCCCGCUGCCUGGCUGGGGCCAAUAUAGCCUGUGAUGUGGAUGAGAUUCUCUGGCCUGACCCAGACCAAAGACAAGAUGCUGUGGUGGGAUAAUGUUUCUGGUGUGUGUUGUACUGUAUAGUACAUGAAUGACAAUGUGCCACUGUACAUACAUUGGUUGCGUCUUUUGUGUUUAUCAUGUGACAAGGGUUUUGAAGGGGAGAACCAUAAGCAACCUAAUUGUUUUGGAACUAUUGUUUUGAAUUAAUUGUACCAGUGUGCAAAACUCUGUUGUAGUGUGUGUGUUUUUGAGGGCUUGUGUUUGAUGUCUGAGGGCAAAGUUCGGUUUUUCAGCAGGAGUGAAUAGUUUUGGGUGUAGAGCUUCAUUUUGACCUGGAAAUAGGAUGUUUGGGGAAUUGAGUGAGAUGUUAUGGAUUUGUGUUUACUGUUGUGCGGAUAUGAGGCGUAGUUUCAAGAAAUGUGUUUUAGCAAUCGAGAAAAACUGUAAUA